AUGGCACAGCAAACAGGCACGAUGCAACCAUCAGCGGAGAGGCCGUACAAGAAGCACCUUGACGAGGCAGCGAGCCGCCCGACAGAAGACAACCGAGAGCCGACAACUAUUCAAAAGGCCGCAGAAAAGGUGGCGGAAUACAUUCCCGCGGCGGCUGCUCCGCUCCAGCAGCUGACGGGCCACCCAACGGCAGCAAAGAAGGACGAAUCAGAGCAGGCACCUGCGCUGGACCCGUCGCAUGUGCCGGAGAGACCAGUCCACGACGAGCAUAUUGAGAAUUUCGUGCGGGAGCAGCAUCGACAGGAUGGCAGCAAGAUCUUGGAUGGGCACAAACAGUAG